UACAAAUUAAUGAUAAUAUAUGUAAAACGUUGAUAAAAAUGCUUACGUUAAACUCUCACAUAUCUAUACUUAGAUAAGUUAUUAUACUGUUUCGUUCUUUAUAAAUAACUGAAUGAUCUGAGUUUUCCUUCACAGUUUUAAGCAAGUUAAACGUGCCUUAAGUUCGACAGACUGUUUUAUUUAUUUGCGAACAUUAUAUAUUGUUAAUGAUGUUUCACCUUCAAACUAAAUAUUUUUCUUCACAUGCUAUUAGAAGUAUUAUCUCGAAUACGGGAUAUUUUUCUGAAUAUUCGUAUCAUUCGAAUACAAAUAUUAAUGAUCAAUCAAGUUGUUCGAAAUUAUUUACUAUUCAAAAAAGAAAGAAAUCUAUUUGUCAAAUAAUUGACAAACAACAUGCUUACUACUAUCAUCCUGGUAAUAAACCAUUGAGAAAUGAAACAAUUGGUCAAUUGUUAAAAGAAGCUGUAGAAAAAUGGCCUAAUCAUGAGUGCAUAGUUUCUCAUCAUCAAAAAGUACGAUUAACUUUCUCAGAUGUGCUUCUUCGUGUCGACAAAUUAGCAGCUGGAAUAAAGAAAUUAGGCUUGAAGAAAGGCGAUAGAAUCGGGAUAUUUGGUCCGAACGAUAUCGAAUGGUUCAUCACGUUUUUCUGUUCCACUAGAUUGGGUCUGAUUAACACUGCUAUUAAUUCGGCUUAUCAACGAGAUGAAUUAAUUUAUUGUUUACAAAAAGUUGGAGCUAAGGCUAUUUUUAUACCUGAAAAAUUUAAAACACAAAAUUAUGUGAACAUGGUUUUGAGUGCCAAAGAAUUUUGUCCCGAUUUGGAGCAUAUCAUUGUAUGGUCAAAAAAUCACGUAACUGGUACUCGCCGUUUGAUAGACGUAGAAUCCUUAGCAAGCAAAGUCGAGGUUGAAGCUAUCUCUGCGGAACAAGAUAACAUCUCCUCUUACGACGCCUGUAACAUACAGUUUACUUCCGGUACGACUGGAAAACCGAAAGCUACUUUACUGUCUCAUAGAUCCUUCGUGAAUAAUGUUGAACAGGGAGUGAACAGAAGAGAGUUACGACUGGGCCACAAAAGUUGUUUAAACGUUCCAUUGUUCCAUGCAUUUGGAAUUAUUUAUGGACAAAUAAGUACUAUACUUUCAGGUUGUACGACGAUUUUAGAAUCACGUUCGUUCGAUCCUAUAAAGUCCUUACAAGUAAUGGCCGAAGAAAAAUGCGACGUGAUUUAUGGAACUCCGACAAUGUGGAUAAACAUGAUAAAUAUACAACAACAAUUACGUUUGCCGAUACAAGCCCGUAUGGGUAUAAUCGGUGGUGCACCUAUAUCUUCUGAACUCCAUAAACGUGUUAAAGAUAUCCUUGGUAUCGAUGAUAUGAAGAUAAUUUAUGGCCUCACUGAACUUACAGGUAUUGUUUUUCAAAGUUUACCUGGAGAAGAUAAAACGUUAACCGAGAACACGGUGGGAUAUGUAUCAGAUAAUAUCGAAGUUAUGGUCGUUAAUGAGAUGGGUGAUCCAGUACCAUUUGGAACACCAGGUGAACUUUGGGUACGUGGUUAUAAUAGUAUGAUCUGUUAUUAUAAAGAUCCCGAGAAUACUAAAAAGAUUUUCACCGAGGAUGGCUGGUUAAAGACUGGUGAUCAAUUUAUUUUACAAUCUAAUGGAUAUGGUCAGAUCAUAGGAAGAAUAAAGGAUCUUAUUAUUCGCGGAGGAGAAAAUAUUUUCCCUAAGGAGAUCGAAGACUUUUUAAUUACUCAUCCAAGUAUAACAGAAGCUCAGUGUAUAGGAGCUUAUGAUGAAAUAUAUGGAGAAGAAAUUUGCGCAUGCAUUCGUCUUUUCGAAGGUGCAAGUUUAAGCGAGAAGGAAUUGAAAGCAUAUUGCAAAGGAAAAAUAGCACAUUUUAAAAUACCAAAAUACGUUGUCUUCGUGGAUAAUUAUCCAAAAACUGUAAGUGGAAAAAUACAAAAGGGUAAACUUAAAGAGGAAUUAGAAGGUAAAGGUGUUAUACCUUCCGGGCCAAAAUAAAGAAAAAAAAAACAAUAUUUAAAUAUUUAUUUUUAUAUGUAACAACGAGAUAUUUUAUUAAAACAAGUUUAAUUAA